AGCCAGCAUUGAAACGGCCAGCACUGAUGCGCAUAUCAUAAAAUCAUCGAGAACGCAAAUCCAACGAUUCCGAAAAGUGAUUAUUGCGAAGCCAUCUGCUUCGCCCUCGAAACCCGAAAAUUCUCUCGAUUGCGUGCCGAUACUAGCCUGGUCACCUUGGUAUUGGGACUUCCACCACGUCGCCUGCAUACUCCACCACCCGCCCAAACCCCACGAUUGCACCCUUCGAAUGCGCAUAAAGGUUUCGACUGUUGUGUUCGAUGACCUAAACCUCUGUCCAGUCUCUCAAGACACAUGCCACCCCCGGACGAAGGACAUUGACGCUCCCUCGUCGAUGGACAGAUGGUUGGGCCAUCGAGCACUCUGAGCUCGUCUGCGACGCCGACUCAGAAGUCAAUCUACCCCGCGCAGUCGUCUGCGCCGUACAAUAAUACGAUCUUGAGAACGAGCUUGGAUCGAGAUGGACUACAACCUACGGGGCCCGGUACCGGCACCCGAGCGGUGUCGAACAAUGCAAUACCUUUCGGCCCUCGCGGCUCCUCGUUGACUUCAUCUGGCGCACCAGGCAGUUUCAGCUCCAAUAUGCGCAGUCAGGCUGGUCCAAGAAGUGGAUCUGGGCAGGAAGGAAACGUUUCUUUGAGAGAAUUGAGAGAUUUUGACAGGAUGGAGGGGGAAGACGGCAGGGAAUCUGGUCAUCUCCUCUCGACACUGAAGGAGUCGCUGAACCGAGAAAUGAAGAUAAAAGAAGGGAGCGAGAAUCUGUUAGAAGCAUUGAACAGCAAGAAGGCAAAACAGACGAAAGAGCAGCGGCAGAGGGUGGAGGCAGAGCUCAACUCUUCGAACCAGAAGAUCAAGGAGCUCAAGAGAAAGAUAUCAGAACUACAAAGACCGAGGCUCCCUUCGACUCCGACUAGAUCUCGAAUGGAUGGUUUAUUUCAGAGCAGCAGUGGCCUGCGGUCUCCUCAAAGUGCUUCUAAGAGUGCUACUGGGUCGGAUUUUGAUGAACCCACGGAAUCACCAACAUAUGCUCUUGCAGAAAUUCUCCAGGCUCUUGAAAUUGAAGGCCUCACGCCCGACUACUACGUCGGGCACGCGAAUAAUCUCGUGGAGCUUUUCAAACGGCAUCCCACACUGAAGUAUGAUCUGGUUUGGUCGAUUUUUGGCCUACGAAUGCAAGUUAUGCUUUUGAGCGAAAGUCGAGAAGUUGUGGCUGCUGGAUAUCGGAUGACUAGAUACGCAAUAUCUGAUAGAAGCUCGUUGCAGAAGAUUCGAGCGUUAAAUACAGAUUAUCUAGUAGUACUCUCCCUCAUCAAGGAGAGAAAGGCAGACGUCGAGCGAGAACAGGCACUCAAGUUCGUGCGUGCAUUCCUCGAAGUAAAGGGCGGCGUACAUGAGGUGUCCAGAACAGUCGUGAGGACUAUUGUAUCAGUUGCCGAGCAUCCUGAAGAUCGUCUGAGAGCUAUUUGCAUAGAAACUCUUGCUGAGAUCAUGGUCCGCGACCCUGCCUUGAUAGUUGCGUCGGGAGGACUCAGACCGUUGGCAGACGCUCUAGGAGAGGGAACCUACCCGGCAUCGGAGAGUCUAACUGCAGCUUUUCUCUACUUGCUGGACGCACCCCAGAGAAGGAAGUAUCUCCGCUCAGGAUAUGAGCUUGAAGUGCUUUUCGUGGCAUUUACAGACUCUCUGUUUGCUAACGAGAGCAUAUUGAAACAAAACUCCAAGUCUAUAGCCUACGCCCUGAAAUCUUGGCCUGGUCUGAUGACUCUCUCGAUGUACAAUUUCAGGGCCAUCCGGUCUCUGGUCUCCUGCUUAAUGCUACCGAAUUCUACUAUUCGAGAGACAGUUAUUGAUUUGCUUUAUGGCCUUCUCCGAAUCAAAUCACCGUUUUGGGCCACAUCAUUCUUAGCUGGCCGACGGUUGACAACAUAUGGGCGUCUUGCAACCCUCAAAUCAAAUCACCCGAAAAGUGUAGGGCAAGCAACUGAGGAAGAAAGCACUGAGAAGAACUUCGUGGAUCAUUACACAGCAUUGUUGUUAGCGGUUCUGAUCUCAUCAGACAUGAUGACAGGGUUAUUACAGGUCACCCGGGAUGCAGACAACUCAAUGUUAAAACGGAAAACGACAUUGCUUAUCGGGGAAGUCCUUAAACUCGCCAGCAGGUUACUACCGUCAACAUGGAGUAGCGAUCUUCAACUCCUUCCGGAGCUGUUCGCUGCGGCCUCACACUUUGGUAGUGAAGAGCGUUUCGGUGCCACUGGAACCGUCUAUCAAAUUAGCAGUGUGAGCCGGACAUUGUAUCGAUCGGCCCCCAUCAACACACCUGCAUUAACGAGUUCCAGCAACAACAGUGACGAGAACCUAACCAUAACGAGCCUGGAGGUUGAACCCAAACCGCAUCUUACUCUUGCCUUGGAUGAAACUACGUUUCGGGCGUUGAUAGUCGAAACCCAGGUACUGUCAAGUGGGAAUCCGUUGAAGUGGAAGUGGGACAUUAUUCUGAAGAUCAUUGAGGGGCCGUUGCUGAAUGGCAAGCGCCUUGACGAAGCCAUUAAGGCCUCCAGAUUCAUCAAAAGGAUCAUGAGCUUUUACCGACCGUUUAAGUACAAAUUUGCGGAGACUAGGAUUUCCCGCACAAGCCAGAAAUAUAUCAAGGUUGGCUGUGCACUCAUACAUACUCUCCUCCAGACCCCAGAAGGAGUCAGGUAUCUAGCAGACAACAAGCUCUUGCGACAGAUUGCCGAAUGUCUCGCACAAUGCGAUCCCACCAGUGGUUUAACAGCGCAAUCCCCAAUGUUUUCAAAAGAGAGACUUGCCGAGACUUGUUGCAGCGGAUAUUUUGACAUGAUAGGAGUUCUGAGCGGUGAUUCCAGAGGCCUGCAGAUGCUUGACCGGUGGCGAAUGAUCAACAUGAUGUAUCAUAUCAUCGAUCUGAAGCAGCGUCCGGAUCUUAUCAAAUUGUUGCUGUCGAAUUUCGACUAUAGCCUUAUGGGACAUCCAAGAGUGCUUUUAUCCAAAGCUCUCACGGGUGGAUCGAAAGAGAUUCGCAUACACGCGACGAAUGUUUUGAGAAGAUACUCCAGCCGCUCCCGUCCAAACGGAGCCGUGAAUCAAGGCGUGGGUGACUCAAAGUGGGCUAUCCAACUACUCGUGACUCAAUUAUACGACCCUGAAGUCGAAGUCUGUGCUACCGCAAUUAAGAUCCUCGAGGAGGCUUGCAACAGAAAGAGUUACCUCGAAUACAUUGUAGAAUGUCGUCCGGCUUUGGAUCACCUCGGAGAGAUUGGCGCUCCCUUGCUACUUCGAUUCCUUUCCACUUCCAUCGGAUACCACUACCUCGAUGGGUUGGAUUAUAUCAGUAAUGAAAUGGAUGACUGGUUCUUGGGCCGCAAUGAUGCCUACGUCGGGGUCAUUGAGGCAAGUCUUGCACGGGCAUUCGUUGAGUCACCACAAGAGGAGUCGUCAGGUCGUUUUAGCAUCGACGAAGAGAACUUCGAAUUCGACGGUGACAGCGACGCUCAUGUGCCUCCUCAUUUCUAUAGGGAGUUGACCAGGACCAAAGAAGGUUGCAAACUUCUGCGUAGCAAAGGUCAUUUUGAAGAAUUUGCAAAUACGAUUCGCGAGUACGGGAUGCUUUCAGACGACCCUGAGUUAAUUCUGAAGGUCAAAGGAUGCUUGUGGGCAGUCGGCAAUGUCGGAUCUAUGGAACUUGGUGGACCGUUUCUUGAAGAAUCCGAUGUGGUUGAGAACAUUGUCAAGAUCGCUGAAUCACAUGAAAUAAUGAGUUUACGAGGAACAGCAUUCUUUGUGCUAGGGCUCAUUUCCCGUAGCAUUCACGGGCUUGAAAUACUGUCAGAGUAUGGAUGGGAUAGUAAUACGACGACCAUGGGCACUUCCCUUGGUCUCUGCAUCCCUCAAGACCUGAGCAAAUUCUUUUCGUACAAACCAUGGAAACAUGAGAAAGUCUCCGAUAUCAGUCUAGACGACACGCAGAAAGCAGCCAUAGCUGCAGCAAAGACCGACGACGAUGCAGUCAACCAACGUAUUCUGGAGCUCGUUAUGGAUCUGGGCAAUACAGUCCUGAAGAACAAAGCAAUGAGCGAACUGAUGCACAUCAAAGCGAAGAAAGCCCCUGGCUUCAGACAAGCAUCACUUUUCAAGAAAAUAAUGAUCUUAUUGGAAUGCCAUCAAUUCCGCCUAGGUAUGCGACGGUUCGCUAUUGACCUCUUUGACAAAAGUGUCAUGAGGCAAAUCGUCCUAGACGAAGAAAGCAGUGAUGAGAACCAAGAGAGCAGCGACGAUGACAGUGGAAGUGAAGGUAGAACAGAGAGGCAACCAAGUGUCACCAAUCUCUCCUCCCCUACACUUUCUGAAUGAUCAUGGAAUAUGAGCAGGUUUUGACUGAUAGGAUAUUGUACAAUUAUGAGGCGCAUUUACUUGGCAUAGGCAGGCAAGAUUUGUAGGAGUUUUCCCGUUCAAAUGUAUCAUUUGAAUGGUGAUGGCUGGCGUAGGGAGGGACGGGUAGAUUUGUACACCGUAUUUGAGCGAUACUUAAGAAUAAAAGUACUUCUCCAAG